CUAUGAACAGGUGAACUGCGUUGAUCUUUGGCCCUCGACAACUGAUCUGGAGCUGUUCUGACUCGAUAACACUCAUCAACAGCUGUGAUUGUACCUCUAGAGUUAAAGAGGUGCCAUGCCAGACCUGACCACGCCUCCGCCCGAUCCUCCCUCUAAAAAGCACAAUGAAGUGGCCAUCGAGCUGGUAUCCGGCAGUGUUGGAGGAGCCCUGCAGGUCCUUGUCGGACAGCCUUUGGAUACGCUGAAGACGAGAGCGCAGACAGCCCCAAAGGGCAAAUACAAGAACACUCUAGACAUACUGACGAAGACGGUGAAGAGUGAAGGCCCGCUGGCGUUGUAUAAGGGCAUGCUGUCACCAUUGAUAGGAAUUGCGGCCGUCAAUUCUCUCCUGUUCACUGCCUACGGUGCAUCUCGUCGGCUGGUCUCCCCAUACCCUGACUUGUCAAUCAAGCAAGUGGCCGUGGCAGGAGGUAUGGCCGGGGCUGCCAAUGCCAUCUUAGCGUCACCGGUCGAGAUGUUCAAGAUUCGGAUGCAGGGUCAAUACGGAGGUGCGGGCGACAAGAAACUCGGAGCUGUCAUCUCAAGCAUGUGGCGUGAAUGGGGUCUGCGGGACGGUAUAUUGCGGGGAUACUGGGUCACCGUGGUCCGCGAGAUACCAGCAUACAUGGGCUUCUACGCAGGCUACGAGACCACCAAGCGAGCAUUUGCCGGUCGCUAUGGCAGUGAACCGCUACCUAUCUGGACACUGUUGACAUCUGGCGCAACGGGCGGAGUCUGCUAUUGGCUGGCUUGUUACCCAUUGGACGUCGUCAAGAGUAGGGUACAAUUGGCCAGCCAUCCGCCAAGUAGGGGCGGCUGGUUUGAAGGAGGAUAUAUUGGACGUGAGCUGCGCGCGAUCAUUAGGGAAGGCGGAGUCCGAUCCCUCUUUCGUGGGCUGUCCCCGUCACUGCUACGUGCGGCUCCGGCGGCAGCAGCGACGUUCGUAGGGUUCGAGCUGACACGAGACUUCAUCACUAAACGAAAUAUUCUGUGAGAAUGCAUGCAAUGACAGGGCCGCACAUGUCUUCUGCUGUGACAAAGAUUCAUGGCGCAGACCAAAACAUGAAUAGAGUCAAAUUACUCAAUCGGUGUAGUGCUCUCUGAGCCAUAGGUCGAAUCCGCCUCUACAGGUGACGUGGCUUCUUCGUUCCCUCCUACGCCUUCUCCUGCUUCUUCGUCUUCCUCCCCCCGAGCUUCUUCUUCCAUAGCUUGCGAGUCAGCCUCUGUCGCGCCAGGACAAGAGCAGCCGAUGGGAUAAUCUGACCACUCAUUCCACGGAUGUAUCACAGCCUUCUCA